AACACUCGCACUAAACUCAAACUCAAACUCAAACUCAUUCAUCUUCUUCAAACUCCAUUAAUCCCUUCUUUUCCUGCUUUCUUUAGCAGAUCACUAACCCUUUUUACUCCAUCUCAGUUUUCCGGGUUUUGAUUUGAACCGAUCAAGAUUCACUACCAAAAUCAUGGGAUUGAAGGGUUUUGUAGAAGGAGGAAUCGCUUCCAUUGUCGCCGGAGCUUCAACACACCCACUCGACCUCAUCAAGGUCCGUAUGCAGCUUCAAGGCGAGCCAUCCCUCGCUGCUCCCAACCCUGCCAUGCAGCCUUUAAUCCGUCCAGCCAUGGCCGGGAACAUCUCCAUUCCAGCCUUACGCAUGGUGGAGCCGCCGCCACGUGUCGGACCAGUCUCCAUCGGGGUCGGCAUAGUCCGUAGCGAAGGAGUCGCCGCUCUCUUCUCAGGUGUCUCCGCCACCAUCCUCCGCCAAACCCUCUACUCCGCCACCCGAAUGGGGCUCUACGAAGUCCUAAGAGGAAAGUGGACCGAUCCCGAAACCGGAAACUUCUCGCUCCCCAGAAAAAUCGCAGCCGGGCUGGUAGCCGGCGGAGUCGGAGCGGCCGUCGGGAACCCAGCCGACGUGGCAAUGGUUCGUAUGCAAGCCGACGGGAGGCUCCCGAUCAACGAGCGGAGAAACUACAAGAGCGUGGUGGAUGCGAUCGGUCAGAUGUCGAAGAGCGAGGGAGUGACCAGCCUGUGGCGCGGCUCGGCGCUGACGGUGAACCGGGCCAUGAUCGUGACGGCGUCGCAGCUGGCGUCGUACGAUCAGAUCAAGGAGAUGAUCUUGGAAAAGGGUGUGAUGAGGGAUGGGAUAGGGACCCACGUGACGGCCAGCUUCGCGGCGGGGUUCGUGGCGGCGGUGGCGUCGAACCCGGUGGACGUUAUAAAGACUAGGGUGAUGAACAUGAGGGUGGAGGCCGGAGCACCGCCGCCUUACUCCGGGGCUUUGGACUGUGCCCUUAAGACGGUCAAAGCUGAGGGACCGAUGGCCUUGUACAAGGGCUUCAUCCCUACGAUUUCGAGACAAGGACCGUUUACAGUGGUGUUGUUCGUCACACUGGAACAGAUCAGGAAGGUCCUUAAAGAUUUUUGAUUCAAUCGAUCGACAACUAAAAACUAGAAGAGAAAGAGGAAUGACAACUACAUAUACAUAUAUAUAUAUAUAUAUAUAUUCUUUAUUCUUUUUGUUGUUCUCUUAUAAUUGUAUAAUUUUUUUUUAAUUAUUGGUUACAAGUUCUUUAAAAGAAGUUAAUUAGUAAUAAAAGUGCUCUAUGGGAAAAUAUAAAGAAAAUUAUUGUAUUGACUUUAAAUAACUGUUUUACUUUUUAAAGAGACAACAUUAGAGAAUUUGUUACUGAUUUUUAUGAGUUAUCAAAAUUUUGGUUACUGACAUUAUUGUUAUUGUUACAUAAA